CCGUCUCGGCCACCGUCGCCACUUUCCAAAUAACAACAUUAGGCUGCUGCUGCUGGACUCAGUGAAACUCUUAUCAAGCUGCGGCUUGCCUCAUAGCUACUCCAAUGAUUGUACAGUUAGGUCACUGAAACUCAACUUUAAACUGACAGUUUCUACGCUUACGAACAUGGAGUAUCUCCUCCAGGUGAAGAUAGGAGCUCUGAUCGGUUUGUUACUGUUAACACUUCUUUUCGGAUUCAUCCCCGCUCGAGUCAAAUGGUUCAGACACACCAAUGGGACAGAAACCCACCGCACGGUUCUGAGUCUAAUCAGCUGUUUCGCUGGUGGUGUUUUCCUGGCGGCAUGUCUGCUCGACAUCAUCCCAGAUUAUCUGUCAGACAUCAGCGCCGAGCUGGAUGCUCAGAAGAUAGAGACCAGUUUCCCCCUUCCAGAGUUCAUCAUGGCUGCUGGCUUCUUCACGGUCCUCAUACUGGAGCGGAUUGUUCUGAACUGCCGGGAGGUGAGAGGGGCUCAGGACGAGAGGGCACCCCUUAUAUCAGACAAUAUAAAUGGACACGGGCAUGGUCACGGACAUGGAACAACCCCCGAUCUGGAGAGCAGCGGCCAUCAUGUCCAUGUUGACUUUCAGGCUCACUCCCCUUUUCGUUCGUUCAUGCUCUUCCUCUCACUCUCGCUGCACUCGGUUUUCGAGGGUCUUGCCAUCGGCCUGCAGAGCACUGACUCAAAGGUUUUAGAGAUCUGCAUCGCUAUACUCGUUCACAAGAGCAUCAUCGUGUUCAGCCUGUCUGUGAAGCUGGUCCAGAGCGCAGUUCGUCCGUUAUGGCUGGCCGCUUACAUCGGAGUGUUUGCCCUGAUGUCACCUAUAGGCAUCGCUAUCGGCAUCAGCGUGAUGGAGGCUCAGCUCGAAUCCGGAGCCCUGAUCCAGGCCGUCCUGGAGGGGCUCGCCGCAGGGACGUUUGUUUACAUCACCUUUCUGGAGAUCCUCCCGCACGAGCUCAACUCGCCUGGAAAGCAGCUUCUCAAGGUGCUCUUCAUACUGCUGGGGUUCAGCAUCAUGGCAGCCCUGACAUUUCUGGGCUGAGGCCUGAGAAGCAGUCGUCAUUUCAGACGUUAAGGAUAAUGCUUUGUGGCAACUACUGCAGCUUCCGCAAGUUUGUGGGAGACUUUUUUAUGCAGGAAGACAAACUGUCGAACUGUUUCCUCCAAUUCUGGAGUUUUUGAUGUCAGACGGAGCAUGACAAGAGAUGGUGGUGUUUUAUUGUUUUUAAUUUUAAUUUAAUUUCCUCUCAUUUAUCACUGGCCUUGUCCUCAAAUAUGCUUUGCACCUGUAGACAACCACAGUCUCUGACCUUUGACACUAUUGAGGAAACCACUGAAAACAAAGGUCUGUUUUAUAUGUGCGUGAUAACUUGUAAUUCAUUCAAUCAUGGCAGUAUAUCAGUACCUCCAGACCUUUUUUAAUGUUUACAUUUUAUUUUGAAGCUAAUUCAAAAGGGAAGCUUCUUAUUUCCAAAGUAGUGUUUUAUGUGGAACGCUCUUUCCUACAGGCUCCGGUGGAUGCUGGACUGUAUUAAAUGUAAUUAACGUUGUUUCCACUGACCCGGGUUUAUUUGGUAAGUACUGGUAUUUUUAGUGCAAUGCUUUUAGAUGUAGUUCCCAGUGUUAGGCUGCUUUUUAUUCUCAUUACAAACUAGAUAAUCAGUAUUUCAUACAUCUGUUCAGUACACUAGAGUAAAUAUAAACUGACUUCCUGAUGCCUUAAGAAGUUGUAUGCCAAAAAAAAAAAAAAGAGAGACUAUGAUAAGAAAAUAUGUGGGAUUUGUUUAUAUUCUGUUUGCACUUUUCUAAUAAAGAAUCAGUGAUAAUCCCCACGAAUUUAAACAAGCUGGUCGCUGUUAUUUGUUGACCUUUGCCACUCUUCUUAACUAUAAACCAGAGUUUGAUUCUGCACGUAACGCUCAGCUCACGCCUGAUUCAUUCACAGUUCCCUCUUUCUCUCUUUCCUUUUUAAUCAGCUGACUUUGGAGCGUCGCUGUGUCAGAUUGUAAAUAUGUUCUCCUCUCUGCUGCCGUCAGCUGUUAUUUCAGCUCCAGUUCAGACUCAUAUGUCUCGUCUUUAUCGUGCACAUAUCAAUCAGAUGCUCUCCUAAUUGAAAUACUUGUAUUUGCAUCAAGAAAUCAAACCAAGUAAGGACACUACACACAGUCUAUCUUAAACUAUACUAUGGGCUAAGGACCAACACUGUGUUUUUCAAUGAUCCAUGUAAAGAAGGACUGCAUUUCAUUUCUGCUGGCACUCAGAGUCGGCUCGGUAUGUGAAGUCCAUGUAUUCGUUUAUAAGCCGUCUCAGUGUCUCAUGUGACAGUCUCAUCGUUUCCUCAUCAGAACAAACAGCAGGAAGCUGAAAUGUGUGGGUGGGUGACCAUGAAAAACUUUUACACACAUCAGCAAAAAAACAAACAUUGCCAGUUCAGAUGUUGCAUGGCUUUUUCUUCAGAUGUGCACAUUUUUAAAGUGGCAUCUGAUCAAGAAGCAUGUUCCUUAAACUGAAUGCUGCUUUCACUUCAGCACGUGUAAAAAAAAAA